AUGCUAGAAGCGUCCACGAACCUUCCGCCCCCGGCCUACUCUGGUCCUUUGACAUGUUAUGUGUCCAGAGAGAUCAGCGCUUCUACAGAGAGGGUAUGGGGAGUGCUCUCGGACUUCCCGAAAUAUCCGGAAUGCCAGGAGAUCACUGAUAAGUCUGGCAAGACCGUGCUCGAGGACCAGACGCCAGCUAAGGGGAAGUACCUGAACAUGAAGGUGCACAUCCCUCCGACCAUGGACGACUCGGUUCAGGCCCAGACGGCUUUCGAGCUCAUAAUACACUACGAUGAUGCCAGUCAUCGCUUGGCGUGGAAGAACCUGCUGCCCUCUUGGUUCAUCAGGGCCGAACGGUGGCAAGCGCUGAGUAUUACGGAGGAUGGGAAAACGCUGUACGAGUCGAGGGAGGUGUUUGCUGGGAUUGGCGCAUACUUGAUCAAGUGGUUCAUUUCCAAGAACCUCACCAAGAGUUUCGAGGCGAUGGCAGACGCUCUUAAGAGCACGUCUGAGCAAUGA